CUCACCUUCGUGCGCUCCUCUCAAACCCCACGCGCCCGACUCCUCCCAAUCUCCAGAGCCGUACCCGCUCCUUUCACAAACUCUCAUUCUGAUUUUAUCCUCCUCCCCCUUUUUUCUUUUCAACACUAAAUUAAUUAUAUAUAUAAAAAAUUGGAAUUAAUAAUAAUUAGGAAUGGCGAGUGCGGCGGCGCAGGACCAGCAGACGGCGUGGCUGCUGGAGAACGGGAACAUCAAGCUGCUGAGCAAGGAAAUGAGGCACGGUCACGGGCAGAGCUACGGCGGCCGGACGGCGCACAACAUGUCGUCGUCGUCGCUCCGGAAGAAGUCCGAUCUGACGCUUGUGAAAAAAGUGCGGUGCGGGUUUCUGCGGGACCUACUCAUUUCUCUUCAGGAAGUGUUUCUCGGGACUAAGCUUUCAAUUCUGUUCGUCGCCAUCCCUUUUGCCAUUCUCGCCCAGUAUCUCCACUACCAAAGGCCAUGGGUUUUUGCUUUGAGCUUACUUGGACUCAUUCCACUGGCGGAACGCAUCAGCUUUCUCACAGAACAAAUAGCCUUCUACACGGGUCCAACAGUUGGAGGGCUUCUAAAUGCGACAUGUGGCAAUGCUACGGAGCUGAUAAUUGCAAUAUUCGCUCUGGUACAAAACAAAGUGGAUGUGGUCAAGUACUCUCUUCUCGGCUCCAUCCUCUCUAACCUUCUUCUCGUCCUUGGCACUUCCCUCCUCUGUGGUGGCAUUGCCAACAUCUCUCACCCACAAAAUUUCGAUAGAAAACAAGCGGAUGUGAACUUUUUCCUCUUGCUGUUGGGGCUAUUGUGCCAUGUUCUUCCUAUGAUGUUUCUACAUUUAAGUGGUGGAGAGAACCCUGCUUCGACUGCUCAAGCAACUCUUGCUCUGUCAAGAACUAGCUGCAUUGUCAUGAUCCUCGCUUACAUUGGUUAUCUCGUCUUUCAACUCUGGACUCAUCGACAACUCUUUGAUGCCCAAGAUGAAGAUGGAGAGAAUGGAAGCGGAGAAUCAGAGGAAGAGCCGUUGAUGGGAUUUUGGAGUUCAUUUAUUUCGUUGGUUUUGAUGACCGCCGUGGUAGCUCUCUUGUCUGAAUUUGCUGUUGACACAAUUGAGUCAUCAGGGUCUUGGGGGAUAUCCGUGAGCUUCAUUGGUGUAAUUUUGUUGCCAAUUGUUGGGAAUGCAGCAGAGCAUGCUGGUGCUAUCAUUUUUGCGUUCAAGAAUAAAUUGGAUAUCUCUCUCGGAGUGGCACUUGGUUCAGCAACACAAAUUGGUAUAUUUGUGAUUCCUUUGACUGUGAUUGUGGCAUGGAUCGUUGGAAUUAAGAUGGACCUUGCUUUCAGUCCCAUAGAAACAGGCGCUCUUGCUUUGUCUAUAAUUAUCACAGCCUUCACUUUACAGGAUGGAACGUCUCACUACAUCAAAGGGCUUGUGCUUCUAUUGUGUUACAUUGUGAUUGGGGCAUCUUUCUUUGUUACUCAAGGGCCACCAGGGGCAUCACAACCUCUCCAUUUGAGACCAAACCACGGAAUCUUGGGAGCUUGAUGGAGUUUUGUGAUAGAUGGAUGAUAAGUGAGACAUUCUUUUGUUUGGAUUGAUGAUCAGCUUUUAGAGUCUUUUGUGUGGAAGAAAAAUGUAAAGCUUUAAUAAAACAGGUGGUUAGUAUGGUUGAUGUGUGGAUCAAGUCACCUAAUUUUUUUGCUUGUGAGAGGAGACUGAUGAGCGAAAUAUGUUUACAUAAUUACAUAUAUAGAAUAUGUUGAGUUUGUUUGUGUAAAUUAAAGCUAACUAAUACAUUAGCCAAAUAUUUAAGUUACUCCAUUCUCAUUUCACUUCAUCAGCACAUUCAUGUUAAAUCCAGGAAUUAUCUACAUCAAUUAUGAAUAG